AUGUUCUUUGCAUCCGAUUUCUCCGAUGCUCGCGAUGAAGCUGAUAACUCGGACACCUCAUCUGAGUCUGAUGGUGCAGACAUUGAGGCUGCUGUUCCCGCAGCUCGACCAAAACAAGCCGCUUGUGUUCCCACGCCCAAACGGCAGAAGCUUGAGGUGCCAUACCAAAAACAGCGAGAAGAGAGGCGAGGGGAAAAGCAGGAAGAUGAGAGAGUUAACCUGGCUGUUGGACUGCACGAUCUGCAAAAGAUGAUGAAGUCAGCGAAAACUCAGUUCGAAGGUGGACCAAACGGCCUGCAGGCACGACGCACCAAGGCUAUUGAGGCUCAUCUCAAGAUGGUGCUCAAAAAUGGGCGCAGCUUUACCGACGCGUCCAAACGUGUGGCAGAGGGUAAUGGUUUUGCACCAAGAUGGGGUGGGCAACAGCUCCGAUCAUGGACUCGUCAGUGGAUCAAGUCGAGACUCCUCCCCACAUCUUUGAUAGGAAAGCAUGCAAAAACAGACUCACUGCUGGAUGACCCCGGUAUUGCUGCCGCUCUUCGCACAUAUCUGCGAUCCAACAAAUGGGCUGUUAACCCGGAAAAACUCGCAAAAUUCAGCAAAAACGAGCUGAUCCCAGCCGAAGCAGAAGCAUACCUUCAUCAACUUGUUAACGAGGAGAUGCCACGGGGUUUGAAGAGAUGUAUGGAGCUUGAACUCUUCCCUCGCAUUCAUCUCCGUGUUGGUCAUGGUAUCUCAUUGAGCACAGCCCGGUCACAUGAUGCUCAUGAAGCAUCAUGGCUUCUUGAUGGCAAGCAGCCACUGGUCAAAAAAGGAGUUGGGGCUGGGGAGCACAGGAGCGAAGUUAUUUGCUCAACAGUUGGGCACAUGCCUGAAGCCGGUGAAUCGCUGGAAUAUGGGAAAAAUAAAGAUGGAUUUUGGAAUGGAGAAAGAUUUGUUGAACAGCUCAAAAAUAAAAUAAUCCCGACAUUUGAGAAUUAUCAUGGAGCUGGUUAUCAGGCCCUGUUUCUCAUCGACAACUCACAGGGGCACUCUGCUUAUGCAGAGGAUGCCCUUCUUAUCACAUGGAUGAACAUAAAUCCAGGGGGAAAACAGGCUCGGAUGCGGGAUGGAUGGUUCCUUCGGGAUGGGCAAAAAAUAACUCAACCAAUGGUUUUCCCAUCAGAUCACACGGAUCACCCAAAUCAGCCCAAGGGGAUCAAGGCAUAUAUUCGCGACAACUGUGAUUAUACCUUUGCCACUCUCAAGGCCAAUAUCCCCAAAGCAAUGGCCUCUGUCGACAUUCGCACAAUCCGCUUAUGGGAAAAUCGCACCCACCGUUGGAUAGAGGCAUACAGAUCUGGUUUGGAUGCCAAGGAGGCACAUAUCGAGGUUCGCAACUUCAGCUCAACACGAUACAAGUCCCAUCGACGUGUGCCAGAGCGUGUUGCUCAACGCUUUGACUGA